GCCUACAUGCGCAUUGACCUCACGGCCACCUCACAUCCGGUGACCUAUGCUGGCCUGAAGAAGAGCGGCAGCACUGUCUUCAGGCUCCAAGUGCCUAAGAAUAAAGCGCACCUCAUGAUGCACUCGGAAGCCAAGGUCUUCUUGAUGUCGCCGAGCGAGCUGGUGACGCCGCUGAGCGUGGGCGAGGAGACGGGGGAAGCGCCCAGCGGUGCGGUGGUGGAGCCCCACGUGGAGCUGCGGCUGAAGCGACUCAUCGGAGCCUUCGAUGUGACCCAGACG